CAGCUGAUUAUUUCUCAUUGUGGCUUUUCAUCUCCUCCAGAUGGAGACUAGGAAGCGCCUGGCGAAGAUCGUGUUGGUGUUCGUCGGCCUGUUCGCCCUCUGCUGGUUCCCCAACCACGUGCUCUACAUGUAUCGCUCCUUCCACUACCACCAGAUGGACCUGUCGCUGGCUCACCUCGUCAUCACCCUGCUGGCCAGAGUCCUCAGCUUCUCCUCAUCCUGCGUCAACCCCUUCGCCCUCUACCUGCUGAGCGAGAGCUUCCGACGGCACUUCAACAGUCAGCUGCGAUGUGGUCAGGGUCCCCGGCCAGAGCGCCAAGCCAGCUACCUGCACAGCACCUCCCACAUCCGCCUCACCUCUAUCAAGAAGAACAUGCCCACCGCCGCCAUCGCCACUACAGCAGCCAACGGAAACUCCAGCAGGCAGGAAGUGGCUCUGUGACCUGGGGCGGUGCGAGUCCCUGGUUUUGAGCAUAAUAUCAUCCCAGCAGUCCUGCAAACACAGGACUCCAGGAUCUUUGAAGCCAGUGGAGGAGGUACUUUGAGGUAUGCCAGAAAGUGGGUUUAAGGGUAGAAAGGACUCAAAAGGCCUUUUACUGGUUGGAUGAUUGUACCAGUUGUGUUUGUCAAUGUGGACUUGAUCAUCUACAUCCUCAACUUGGCAAAAAAAACAAGUGCCUCUUGGAAACACAAUGAGGGAUCGGCUAAACCCCAUGCUGAAAGAACUUCACAUUUCUCUCAGGCAACUCUUCUCGAAAUCUCAGGCUGAUAAAGUGGACAGCCUCAGUCACAGCAUGGAUACCACACUAGCAUGUCUGCCGUGGAAGCUUGUUUCUCUGUGUAAAGUUGUUGGUGUGCUCAUCGUCGAGUGUUUCUGAAAAGCCAUCGACCUGAUGACUCUGCAUAGAUUCAGAGAGAGGGGGCGCCUUUUUGUCUGCUGCUUCUUGACGCAGAGCAACAUCUGCAGAGACAAGAGUGCUUUGUCACGGUAUUCAAGGACAUCGUGGAUAAUGCUUGGGACCAUUUCACGAUUGAACCCCCCCUCAGUUUCAGGAUGGUCUCUCUCUGAAUCCCUGCUACGACUGCUAUUUUUAAAGAUAAAUGGAAUGCAUUUGAAACAGUUAAAAAAAAACUACCCGAAAGCCUUGCAAACCAAAAUAUCACGCUGUGUGGAGAAACAAAAUCCUCUUGGUAAAUGUCUGAUUUAUGGUUUCUGUUCCUCUGUGUAUCCACCAAAAAAAAACUAAUAGAUAGAUUCUUGCAGAAGGUGCUGCUGUAGCUUUGAGGGGUCUGUUGCUCACGGAAGCAUGUGCAAAACGGAUAAUGUAUUCCACAAACUUACUUGAAGUGUUGAAUUGAUUUGGUGAUUUGAGGUUUUUUGGACCUAUGGAGCUGAUUUUGCUUCAAACCUGGAUAUUUAAGCACGUUCACAGAGGGAGUUUUGUGUCUUUUCAUAUAUUAUUUCAAGGCACUUGUGCAGGAUGGCGCUCUUGUGAGGCAUUCUUUUUUAUCAACCUUAGUUCUUGUACACUGUAAGCAGUUCACUGGAGCAAACCGCAGCUGUGGAACCACUGUUUUCCUAAUGCAAGCAAACGUAGGGAAUCUUCCUAUCAAUUAACUUUACUACAUCAAGAGCCAAACCUAAAAACCUUGGAUAGUUUUAAACAUGACGGCUCAGACCAUUUAUGGAUGGGACAAUGGAUGUAGUCAAAAACAGGGGAACAAGAGAGAAUGCUUUUCAGGCGCCAACAUGCCAAAAAAAAGUUGUCCUGCUCUUUGCUCUUGAUAUAUUUGUCUGAAUGUGGAGAGACGCUAUCUGCGCUCUCAUGCUGACGGAGCUCAGUUUUAUAAACAUAAAGGUAAUGAGCUCGG